CUUCCCCCUCCCCUCGUGCUCCCGUCACCACCUCUUCCCCCUCCCUCAAGUCCCAACCCCCCGUCCCGUCUCAAUCACUUCACAAGUGAAUGAGACGACCAGGAGGAAUUCUUCUUCCUCCCUCAUCGUCUCCUCGUCUUCUCACGAGCGUUUCGCGGACCAAGCGAAGAAAAUUCGGCCGCAGUCAAAUACUGUUAAUAAGGUCUAUAAUAAUACUAAAAGAAGCAGUCUUUGCUUCGCAGUUUCUUGGUUGGUGACCCAGCACCAGCGGAGGAGGAGCGGGGGAGAAAAAAAUAUCAGCCGAGCUCCCAACUUUGACGCUGCCGCCGCCGCCGCCGCCGUGCUCGCUGCGUAGUCCCGCAGCCUUCUCUUCCCCCGUCUCCUCCCGGAUCGGAGCUCCCCUCCCCGGGACACCGCUGGCCGCCUCCCCUUGGAUCAGCUCCGCCUCCGUAAGAUAGGCGAGGUCCUGCUACAUUGCAGCAAUGAGGUGCCUGCCUUUCUUGCAUGGAGAGGUCAAAGAGGAGGAUCCUGUCACCAUGUCUGCAUCUGUACGGUCCAUCAGCACAACAUCAACGGACCGUGAUGUCCGCUCCGGUUCAGACUUCACCUCCUUGAAUGUAUCCGACAUGAGCGCCGAGUCAAUAAGGAGGACACAGUACCCCAGCUUCACUGACCGGCCGUCUAACUUGAGGGUGUUCUCCUUCUCUGAAUUGAAGAGUGCCACGCGCAACUUCAGCCGGUCACUCAUGGUUGGCGAGGGUGGCUUUGGCUGUGUGUACAGGGGCAUCAUCAAGACAUCUGACGAACCUAGUGAACGAAUUGAGAUUGCUGUUAAGCAGUUGAAUCGUAAAGGACUUCAGGGGCAGAAGGAGUGGUUAACAGAGAUGAAUGUGCUUGGAAUUGUUGACCAUCCGAACCUAGUUAAACUAAUAGGCUACUGUGCUGAUGAUGAUGAGCGGGGAGUACAACGCCUUCUAGUGUACGAAUAUAUGCCUAAUGGAAGUGUGGACGAUCACUUGUCAAGUAGGUCAACUUCAACUCUAUCAUGGCCUAUGAGACUGAAAGUAGCUCUUGAUUCUGCCCGGGGACUGAAGUAUCUGCAUGAAGAAAUGGAAUUCCAGGUCAUUUUUCGAGAUCUGAAAACAUCUAACAUUCUGUUGGAUGAGAACUGGAACGCCAAAUUGUCAGACUUUGGUUUGGCUAGGCAUGGACCAACGGAAGGUCUGACCCAUGUCUCCACAGCGGUAGUUGGAACUCUAGGGUAUGCAGCGCCUGAGUACAUGCAAACUGGACGCCUCACUGCAAAGAGUGAUAUAUGGAGCUAUGGCGUUUUGCUGUACGAGCUCAUCACCGGCCGCCGGCCCAUUGACCGGAACCGGCCAAAGAGCGAGCAGAAGCUCCUGGAUUGGGUGAAGCCAUACAUCGCGGACAAGAAGCGGUUCCCCAUCAUCAUUGACCCGAGGCUGGAGGGGCGCUACAACCUCAAGUCCAUGACAAAGCUGGCCAGCGUGGCGAACCGCUGCCUGGUCCGGAUGCCAAAGUCUCGGCCAAAGAUGAGCGAGGUGUACGAGAUGGUCCAGAAGAUCGUCGACAGCAUCGAGACUGGCCCACCGCAGCCGCCUCUGCACUACCAUGGCUCAGUCUCAGAGCCAGGUGCGAAGCGGACCAAGAAAGGAUCCCUGAAGAGAAGGCUCCAGGAGUUCAAAUUCGGUUGCCGGAAUAUCGUGUGGCGGGGCUGGAAGCCUGAGAUGGUAAACACCUUCUGAGACACCGUAGGCUCCUUGCUGUAAGUAUAGCUGUGCAUAGGGAUGAGGGUUGUUCCUCUGUGUGUUCCCCAUUCGGGUGAGUUGAAACCUGUGUGAUACGCCUGGUUCUGACCAACACAGUGCGUGAGCUGCAAGAUGGUGAUGGAUUAGCCAGGCCCCCUUGUGUUUUCAGUGCAGUGCCGGGUGUUUCCCACUUACGAACUGCUUUGUUUCUGCAGUGGAAUUCCUGGCCUUUCCUUCUGUUAUGAAGUCGGGGUUCUGAUUCAGCA